GUGAGCUGGGUGACUCAUACAUCUGUGAGACCCUCUGUACAGAGUCUGGGGGGUGGCUUGCUUAAUGCCCAAAACUGCUGAAACUGCCAGUUCACCAUCUCAACGCUAAUCCGACUCUGCUCCUUUAAUAGGAUUUGCUUCUAGACAUUGAGACCUAAGUGCUGGGCAUCCCCGCCAGAUUCCCUACAAAUUCUGCACACACAUAGGCUGAAGCUUCACUGGUGCUUCUGGUGAGCCAGUACCAGCUUGCUCAGAGCAGGGGCUGGCUGCUUGUCAUCCAGGGGCAUAGAGACCCUUUCCUGCUACCUGGCCCAUCCUACCUGGUUGGUGACAAAUCACAAGGUAGAAGAAGUUGCCCGGGACAGAUAACAUGGCAGCCAGCGGGAAGAGGUCUACACAGAACCAUGUUAUCUUCAAGAAGAUCUCCCGAGACAAAUCGGUGACCAUCUACCUGGGAAAGAGAGACUAUAUAGACUAUGUCAGCCAAGUACAGCCUGUAGAUGGUGUCGUAUUGGUUGAUCCUGACCUCGUGAAGGGAAAGAAAGUGUACGUCUCUUUGACCUGUGCCUUCCGAUAUGGCCAGGAGGACAUUGAUGUGAUGGGACUGACCUUCCGCAGGGACCUAUACUUUUCCCGGGUCCAGGUGUACCCUCCUGUGGGGGCCGCAAGCACCCCCACAAAACUGCAGGAGAGCCUCCUCAAGAAGCUGGGGGCUAAUACAUACCCCUUUCUGCUCACGUUUCCUGACUACCUGCCCUGUUCAGUGAUGUUGCAGCCAGCUCCACAAGACGUAGGGAAGGCCUGUGGGGUCGACUUUGAGGUCAAAGCAUUUAGCACAGACAGCGCUGGUACUGAAGAGGACAAAAUCCCCAGGAAGAGCUCUGUGCGUUUACUGAUCCGGAAAGUACAACAUGCUCCACCGGAGACAGGUCCCCAGCCCCAAGCUGAGGCAGCCUGGCAGUUCUUCAUGUCUAACAAGCCCCUGCACCUUGCAGUCUCCCUCAGCAAAGAGCUAUAUUUCCAUGGAGAGCCAAUCCCUGUGACCGUGACUGUUACCAAUAACACGGAGAAAACAGUGAAGAAGAUUAAAGUAUUUGUGGAGCAGGUGGCCAACGUGGUUCUCUACUCAAGUGAUUAUUACGUCAAGCCUGUGGCCAUGGAGGAAGCACAAGAAAAAAUUCUACCAAACAGCUCUUUGACCAAGACACUGACACUGAUACCUUUGCUGGCUAACAAUCGAGAAAGGAGAGGCAUUGCACUGGAUGGGAAAAUCAAGCAUGAGGACACGAACCUUGCCUCCACCACCAUCAUUAAGGAGGGCAUAGACCGGACUGUGCUAGGGAUCCUGGUGUCUUACCAGAUCAAGGUGAAGCUCACGGUGUCAGGCUUUCUGGGAGAGCUCACCUCCAGUGAAGUGGCUACUGAGGUCCCAUUCCGCCUCAUGCACCCCCAGCCUGAGGAUCCAGCUAAGGAAAGUUAUCAGGAUGCAAAUUUGGUUUUUGAGGAGUUUGCUCGCCAGAAUCUGAAAGAUACAGGAGACACCGAGGAAGGGAAGAAAGACAAGGACGAUGAGUAAAGACGUUGGAUCAGGAUGCUGGGAAAUGACCUGUAGUGACCAAUGUGGCGAGCAGUCUCACAGUGUAGCCCUUUAGAAUUAUGCUAAAUCAGAAGUCUGAGUCUUCUUUCCAGAAAUAAAGCUUGUCUAUUCUUCCCUGG